UGAAUUGGCUUUUCGACUUCACAAUGUCCUCCCUUCUGCGACCAAAUUCCCCAUUCUUUGGUGCUUUGGGGACAGGCAUAUUUCUUGGAUUAGGUGGAACAAUUCUCUACUUAAAAAUAACGGGCACAUUUCUCCGGGAGAUCCAGCGACUGUCUACAUCCAUCAGUGAGCUGAAAGCGGAGGUGAAAGAACUCAGACAGCAGUUGGAAACACAAAAGAAGCGUCGACGGAGUCCUGGAUUUUAUUCCGUGCAUGCUAGUAGUGGAGACGACGACGAUGAUGCGUUUGAAGAUGCCUAUGGAGGGUCAGGAACUGUGAGUUCUCCAAGUGAUCAGGAAUUUGUUGAGUCCUUCAGGGAAUUGAAAGUGGAGGACAUUGCAUCAGGACAGACAGAAAGACAACAGUCAGUUGAUGAACAAAAAGUUCAAGUUUACCAGCAAGUAGAUCACCUUCUGGAUGGGGGUGAUGAUGAUAAACAAAGGGCCUUCUCUCUUCUCCAGAAACAUAAAUCCCAGUUUCUGGAUGAUGCUGAUUUCCACUGGCGCCUUUCAAAGUGUACAUAUCAGGUGGCACAGAUAGAAGGCAGUCUUGGUAAUGAAAACAAGAAGAAAGAAAUGGUAUACAGUGCUAAGGAUAGUGCAUCCAAGGCCCUAACGCUCAAUGAAGAUUGUGCAAAUGCUCAUAAAUGGUUUGCCAUAACUGUGGGAAGCAUAGGAGACUAUGAAGGCACCCAAGAAAAGAUAAAAAAUGGUUAUGUAUUCAAGGAACAUAUAGAGCGAGCCAUACAAAUCAACCCAGAUGAUCCUUCUAAUCACCAUCUAUUGGGACGUUGGUGCUUUGGGGUUUACAUGUUGUCGUGGAUUGAGAGGAAGGCAGCUGCUGCUCUUUAUGCUACACCUCCUACAUCAACUGCAGAUGAAGCUCUACAAAAUUUUCUUGAGGCUGAGCGACUGAACCCAGGAAAAUGGAAAGAAAACAUGUUAUUUAUUGCCAAGUGUUAUAUACAACAAAGUAACACUGUACAGGCUGUUGUUUGGUUAGAAAAGGCAGUCACCAUCCCAGUAGUUAGUCAAGAUGACAAAACAUCUCAGGUAGAAGUGGAGACAUUGCUGGCCAAGCACAGGCACUAGUAUCAACAGUCUCCCUUACAGCAAAUACAAUUACAGGCAAGGAAAGGACUCCAUACAGCAAACAUUACAGGCAAGGACUCCAUACAGCAAACAUUACAGGCAAGGACUCCAUACAGCAAAUAUUACAGGCAAGGACUCCAUACAGCAAACAUUACAGGCAAGGACUCCAUGCAGCAAACAUUACAGGCAAGGACUCCAUGCAGCAAAUACUGCAGGCAAGGACUCCAUACUGCAAACAUUACAGGCAAGGACUCCAUAUAGUAAACAUUACGGGCAAGGACUCCAUACAGCAAAUAUUAAAGGCAAGGACUCCAUACAGCAAACAUUACAGAUAAGGACUCCAUACAGCAAACAUUACAGGCAAGGACUCCAUACAGCAAACAUUACAGACAAGGACUCCAUGCAGCAAAUAUUGCAGGCAAGGACUCCAUACAGCAAACAUUACAGGCAAGGACUUCAUACAGCAAACAUUACAGGCAAGGACUCCAUACAGCAAUCAUUACAGGCAAGGCCUUCAUACAGCAAAUAUUACAGGCAAGGUCUCCAUACAGCAAAUAUUACGGGCAAGGACUCCAUACAUCAGUAGAGAUAAGGCACUGACUUUCCCUGUGGCAGGUUAAGGCACUGACUUCCCUGUGACAGGUUAAGGAACUGACUUUCCAUGUGGCAGGUUAUGGCACUCACUUAACUUUUGGCAGGUUAGGGCAUUGACUUCCCUGUGGCAGGUUAAGGCACUAACUUUCCAUGUUGGAGGUGAAUGCACUGGCUUUACAUGUGGCAGUUGAAUGCACUGGCUUUACAUGUGGCAGGUAAUGGUCAGACAUUUCAUUAUCUCUUGUCCAUAAAAGCAUUCCCCAUGGUAUACUUAAAUGAUUAAAAUAAAUGGUGUUCAAGUGAAGCAUGUGGAGAUGCAUUCUGUUGUUAAAUUAAGCUAUUGCUGUUUACAGCCAUACCAUAAUACUCAAGGUUUAACAUUGAUGUUAAGAUCACAAAACGUGUCAAACAGGCAGGCAAAUAUUAUGUCAUGUGGCCUUUGUUGUGGGCAAACAAUUCCUUCCGAUCUUCCAAUCACUAACCACAGCACACCUUCUAUGACUUUUCAUUUCCAGGUACAGUAUAGGAAGUCAUGCUUUGAAUUGUCUGUAGUGUACUAGUCAGAUUGAAAAUUUUGAGCCAUAGACAAUAUAACCAUUAUACCUUUACGAUGAAAUCUAUUGAUAUUACUAUCAUAUUAAAAUUAAACUGAUAUUUGAUAACUUAUGAUACUGCGGCAUUGUUUACAUAUAUACAUAUAUGAGAAAGAUAUUAAUUGCACAGUCAAGUUACUCAAGGGAAAUCCUGAUAUAGUGCCACUAAAUUUCCUUGUAAAACAUUUCUGGUGAUUGUUCCUCACUGUGGUCAUUGACUUACUAAUGUAUACAAGUCUGUGCUGAGAUCAAUCAGUUUUAUGUGAUUGUUCCUCACUGUGAUCAUUGACUAACUAAUGUAUACAAGCCUGUGCUGAGAUCAAUCAGUUUUAUGUGAUUGUUCCUCACUGUGAUCAUUGACUGACCAAUGUAUACAAGCCUGUGCUGAGAUCAAUCAGUUUUAUGUGAUUGUUCCUCACUGUGAUCAUUGACUGACCAAUGUAUACAAGUCUGUGCUGAGAUCAAUCAGUUUUAUGUGAUUGUUCCUCACUGUGAUCAUUGACUGACCAAUGUAUACAAGUCUGUGCUGAGAUCAAUCAGUUUUAUGUGAUUGUUCCUCACUGUGAUCAUUGACUGACCAAUGUAUACAAGUCUGUGCUGAGAUCAAUCAGUUUUAUGUGAUUGUUCCUCACUGUGAUCAUUGACUGACCAAUGUAUACAAGUCUGUGCUGAGAUCAAUCAGUUUUAUGUGAUUGUUCCUCACUGUGAUCAUUGACUGACCAAUGUAUACAAGUCUGUGCUGAGAUCAAUCAGUUUUAUGUGAUUGUUCCUCACUGUGAUCAUUGACUGACUAAUGUAUACAAGUCUGUGCUGAGAUCAAUCAGUUUUAUGUGAUUGUUCCUCACUGUGAUCAUUGACUGACUAAUGUAUACAAGUCUGUGCUGAGAUCAAUCAGUUUUAUGUGAUUGUUCCUCACUGUGAUCAUUGACUGAUGUAUACAAGUCUGUGCUGAGAUCAAUCAAUAGAUCAUUUUUGAUUACCUUGCCUAUUAACUGUUAUUACCAUUGAUUUGUUAUAAGAGGAACAUGGGAAUGUUACAAGUGGGUUGAAUGGGAACAAUUGUUGACUUCAAAUUGUGUCAGAUCAUCAUCAUUAAUGUAAGUAGUGAUAUUGAAAACAAGCAUUGUCAUCUAUGAUUAAGAACCAUAUACCUUGUUUGUUUGUCAGAUGACUGUGUACUUUGUAAAUCAACCAUUACAUUGUUUUGUAUGAGAACUGUGUACAUUUGUGUUAAUAUUAGAGUAUUGUGUACAUUUAUUGUUUAGAAUGUGAAUUAUGUACACUUGUACAUUAUAAUUGUGUUAGUUUUAGAAUCAUGUGUAGUGAAUGGUUUAGAAUGAGAACCAUGUACAUUGUAUGGUUUAGAACGAGAACCAUGUAUAUUGUAUGGUUUAGAAUGAGAACCAUGUACAUUGUAUGGUUUAGAACGAGAACCAUGUACAUUGUAUGGUUUAGAACGAGAACCAUGUACAUUUUAUGGUUUAGAACGAGAACCAUGUACAUUGUAUGGUUUAGAAUGAGAACCAUGUACAUUACAUGUACAUAUGUUAGAUUUAUUGACACAGUAGAUAAAAUGAUGUAUUUGAGUUUGUGUGAUCUCUAUGAGUACCUCACUGAUUAAGUGCCAUCCAAGCCAUACAUAGUCAGACUAGUGUGUACACCUAUAUUGUAUACCCCUGAUAAGUAGUUAAAUGUUUACAAAUCACUUACACACUUAGGAAUUGUCUUGUACCUAUAUAUAAUACCAGAUUUUACAAUGAAAGGAAGUUUUUACCUAGCUGAAAGUUUAGUACAAAUCAUUACCAUUGGGUGUGGGAAAGUAUAAUGGGCUGACAAACCACUGUCUGGUCGACAGAGGACUAAACCAUAAGACCCGGCUACAUUGAAGUCUUACAUUCUUACCUCCGCGUCAACACAGUUAUCAGGGGAAGUAACUUAAACAAAUAUAAUGCAGCAAUACAUCUAAACCGCUUUGAUUCAAGAUAUGUUUUCAAUUUUAUAUUACUUAAUUGAGUCAUUGAAACGAUUGUUUUGUCUCAAAUUAGACAUUCUAUUUCAGACUCUAAAAAACAUUGUGGUUUAUAAACAUAUUUACACAUUCCAAGGUGCAUCUACAUCAAGUUAGCUUUGUCAAGAUUUGUUUCUUAAAAGGCAGUGUAAGAAAGGUGCUGAAUACUGUUACAGGGCAAAUUAUACAUGUACAUUACAGAUUGAAAAUAAGUUUUAUAGAGUAGUGGAUUUAUUAUAUAUAUAAUCAUUGUAUUACACUUUGUUUAUUUACAUUGUGUUUACUGUAUUAUAAAAAAAAACUUUAUUCUUGAAGUCAGUCUCUACAAAUAAAGAAAUCAGAUUGCUGUUUAGGGAUUUGCCUGUUGGUAAAGUUGAGAAUGUACACUCUUUUUAAUUGAGUUUGUAAUGAUAAAUUUUACCCAACAACUGUAAUGAUUUGGUCUAUACUUACGUUGACAUGUGUUUUAAUGACAUUAUACUGAUUCCCAGCUAUAAUGAUUUGGUCUAUACUUACGUUGACAUGUGUUUUAAUGACAUUAUAUGGAUUCCCAACUGUAAUGAUUUGGUCUAUACUUAUGUUGACAUGUGUUUUAAUGACAUUAUACGGAUUCCUAGCUGUAAUGAUUUGGUCUAUACUUACGUUGACAUGUGUUUUAAUGACAUUAUACUGAUUCCCAGCUGUAAUGAUUGGUCUAUACUUACAUUGACAUGUGUUUUAAUGGCCAUUAUGAUGUGGCAUUGAUUUAUUUCUGUUUUAAUGUCUUGGUUAUUUUUAUUUUGUUCGUGAAAUAUAUGAAUAUAUUAUGACUUAUUAAAUGCCAUUUGAGAUAAAAUGCAAGUCAAGAUUAUUGUCUCAAUAAAAUUGUUUAUUAACUAUCUAUGAACUAAAUACAAUGGCGUUUUUUCCUAAUAAUGAAAGACAAACUUCAGAUAAUGACAUUAAAUGAUUUGACAGGAUGACUAAACAGGGUAAUCGUUGGAGUUAACAUUUACAACUGGUGUUAUUGUUUGUUGAAAGCUGAAAAAGUUUUUCACUUCACAAGUCUUCAAUACAUUGUAGGUGUUAUUUUCCUUAAAGACCCCCAAGAAACAAAAAAAUCCUUCACUCAAAACCAAGUAAGAUGAUGUCAAACAUAGCCUGUAACUUGAGUAACAGAUUGUGGAACCAUGAACUACACCUGUAUCUGUUCUAAAAAUCACAUGACUCCCAUGUACAUUUUCCCUGACAAGUAAAUCAUGAAUUGUAAUAAUUUCUGACCUCUUUCUCAUAAGGUACUGACAGGAAGACUGUGAUGUAACAGGAUUGUGGAUAUUGUUCAACUGUUUAUCAAGAGAUUAAAAACUUGUUGAAAAUUGA